GCGGCAGUCUGUCCCACUCGGUUAUUGCGGCCACACGACCCGAUCUCUCUUUCUCUCUCUCUCUUUAUCUCUCACUCACCCACUACUAUCUCCGUUUUUAGUAACCAUACAACAUAUACGUAUGUUUAUAUGUAUGCGUAGUGGAAAUCACUACAGUGUGUACGUGUGUAAUGUGCUUCUUCUGUCAACACCCACCGUAAACUGAAACUAAAGUCCGCAACAAAGCCCGGCAACGUUCGGAAAGCUAUGAUCACAUCCAUGUGCAUUUAAACUACAAAUGUGCCAAUAUUCGUUGUAAAACCAUUUUAGACUACAAAAUGCGUGUCAGUGUUGAGUGUGUGUGCUGUGCCAUCAAGAUGAUCGCCACGGCGAAUAAGGAUCUAUUGUCGAGGAUGUGAUUAAUCGAUAUUCUUUUUUUAUAAUUUUGUGCUUAAAAGAGAGUUCAUUAAAUACAUGUAAAAUAUGUAUAUGUAAAACUCAUGAAACUCCAAUCUACAGAUCGAGUGAGGACUUUCAAGGAUUAAAAAACAGAAAAUAAAGAGAAACGUGACUGAGAGUGGACUUGAGUAACAUUUUCGUCGCUGUGAAAUGAAUUUAAUAAUAAAGUGUCCGUGCUAGUGUUUAAUUUAAGAAAAUGAGGACCCGCGCUAAUAUGCAGGGUGAUGGUAGGGAGAGGGCGAUAUUCCCAACGAGCUCGAGGCAUUCGCUGAAUACCACCUAGAUUAAAUGUCCAGUGCAACGAAUUUUCCAUAUUAUUUUCGAUUAUAACAUAUCAGAUCUGAAAUGGAGGAUCAGAGGAAUAUGAUGGAAGGCGCCAGCAUGUCGGCUGUGAUGCCACAGAACUACGAUCCAAACGUGGACUAUAUUAUUAGUGACUACAUGGAGAGACUUGGAACGCGGUUGAAUAUUUUGGAGACCGAGUUGAAGUAUGCCUGGCGCGCCUUGGAUCUAUUGUCGCAGGAGUACAUCAAGAUGUGGGAGAGACUGGAAAAGUUGGAGAGUCUUCUCUACGAGCAGCAGAGCGUGAUUGCGCAGUUGUUGGAUUUUUACACAUCUGGAGGCAGCAGGGAGGAGAGAAGCACUCUAUUAGAUGGAAGGAUGGGGGAGUUGGAGGUCAUAAGAGAGAUACUGGGAAAUGGCACCGUCGAGGAUGGUCUGGAAGAGGGCGUGGAUGUAACUGGUCCUAUGCAGAUUAAGGAGAUUGACUUGGAGAUGGACGAGAUGAAUGCACCGGACGAGGCGUUUUACAGGAGCCUCAAUCAAGCUUAUCGUGAGGAUUUGGUUGGACCCGAGGCAAAGCAAUCGCAGCUAGGCAUGAUAUGGGAAGAGGAACAGGAGGAGGCGGAUGACAAAAAUGAAUUAAGGCAGAUCGAGGACAAUAGAGAUGUUUACAGCGCGAUGGAUUACAAGGAUUACCGCGGUAAUUCGCCUUGCGUUAGCGAACAAGACAUAGCCCAAUUAUCGAGGAUCGGCUCAAUAGAUCACGUGACCAUUGAGAAGCUGAACGAGUUGGACAGGCUGAGCACUAAACUCCAGCAGGAUUCAAUUAACAUUAAACAGCUUCAGAGAAAACUGUUAGAGUCUCCCCAUGGCAGCGGCGACAAAGAAAUAACGGAGACGGAGGAAAAGACCGAGGAGAAGGAUAAUUGGAGCUUCACUGGCAAUGUGAGAGAUCAAGAGGAAAUGAUGCUGAUGGCAAAAACCGAUAUAUCAGUGUAUUCUAACAGACCGAGCUCGAGACUAUCAGUGACGGAAAGUGAUAACGAAGUUGCGGAAACAUUAGCGUCGGGAAUGAGGACGCCGACGUCUCCGAGGCGUCGCCAAUUGGAGGUCGCUUCCUGCAAUGCACCUUAUACUACAGUCACUGGAAGAUUGGCAUACAGCGCUGCAGUCCACAAUGCUGAAGCUGCCGAAGCUGCCUCCCAUAAUCCUUUCAUCUCAAAAAAUCCUUUCUACGCUGGCAGCUAUAAUGAAAUGAUGGCGAUGCCUUAUGAAACAGUCCAUGCUUCCACUCCAUCAAUAUUUAAUGUAAAAUCCGAACGUGCCCAGUCUCCAGCACUGUCAGUCAGCAGCGUACGCACAAGACAGGAUGGUUACGUUGAAGAUUCUAAAGGAUCUCCGAGUCCACCACCACCUGCUCCAGAAGAUGUCUGUGAGACGUUCUUGAUGCCCAUAAGUACAGUAGUGCCCGGUCCACACGCAGGUCCUAGUCCAGUCUUCCUCGGCACUGAAAUGCCCAAGUCAAUUACUAGCCAAGAUCACAUAAGCCCUAAGAAAACAUCCCCAAAACGCAGCAAGACCUCAAUUAACACAGCAAAAUCGGAUUCUGGUUUAUCGUCAAUGAGCGGUUGGUCAAGCAUGGAAAAAUCUCCUGGAUCGCCGGCGAAUAAACCACAAACACUAAAUUACCUCUCAGAUAAAAUCCGAGUCCCUUCCCCAAAUCCCAUUCAAUUUACUACAUUUGCCGAUACCGCGCCGAUACAAGUCCCAGUCUGCAGCUCCAUCCUUCCAGGUGGUCAUCAUUUGUCUGCUUUCACUACAGUUAAAUCACCGUGCAGCAUGGAAGCUGGAAUCCAGGGAUAUGGAAAUUUCGUUCCAGCUCCGGCACCGGCAUCCGACAUCAACGUCAGCCCACGUAUGAAGAACAAACAUCCGAAGACGGAGUACAUGAGCCGCAAUGAGCAGCCUGCAAUCUACUCGGUGGCAGGAAGCAAUCGGCAGGAGACUUACACUUCGGUAUACACCAGCAGCAGUGCAGAUUACAUGAAUCCCAUCAAAUAUCCCGACUUAGUCGAGCCUUACGAAAACAACGAAGACGCGCAUGCAAUUCGCAAGAAGUCCCUGAGCAGAUCGUACUCCACGAGCAAUGGAACUGAGCCUCCACCUACAUUACAGAAUCACGACGGUUAUAAAACAGCCAUGCAACGCACAAUGUUCCCAACUGGCAACAUUACAGAUGCCUUAUCCUAUUAUCCCACAUCAAGUCGCUACGAACCUGCCGUAUUUCAACUACCAAACGCCGACUAUAAUGAUCCUGCCAACUGGCUGAACUGCCCAGGUGGCGAACCCCAAUAUCCAAUUGACAGCGCAAGCACAUCGAGUUCUAUUCGUUCCAUGGAAACUGCGGAAAGCGGAUUUUCUCCUUACCUUGAUCAACGAAGACAGCGACAAGAGAAGCCUUAUCUGGAACUCGACCUACGAAAUCGCAACGUGCCAGAAUACAUAGUCCAACAAGAGCAAAGCAAGUACUACGAUUCAGUGAUAGUAUCGCAGUCAGGAUACUUAUCAAUAUCAUCAAAUAUAAACGAUCCUCAACCAAGCCAAUCCCAGCUACAGCAUAAACCUAGCAAGAAAUUUAAACGUGGCAACACCCUUAAAUCAGCAAUGAAUUCCGUUUCCCAUUGGCUCCCUGAUUUGCAUCUAUCCAAACGUCACAGAUCAUAUUCCUUGCCAGGAAACAGUAAAUUAGAAGAACCUGAACCACAUAAAUCCCCAUUAAGCAAAUCCCUUUUCCAUCGAAAGAAAAAGAAGAUAGUUUCUACGGUGUCUGGUAUACUACAAAAAGCGAAACGGAAAAAUUAUCACAGCGCACAGUCGCUAUCAGAUCCUGAACAAUCAGAGAAUGAAUGGAGCAUUAACCGUGCCGGUUCAAUGGUUUCAGAAGAUGAAAGAAGUGAAGAUAGCUAUAGUGUAUUCUCGGAAUGUCCUAUCGAAUUUGAGAGAGUAGUAGCCGUACCAAGGCCGAAAGAAUUAACACCAUCGCCUCCACAAUUUGAGCAGGUCAAAAUGUUAUCGCCGAUGCCACUACCAACAGAACCAACAACUCCAAAAACGGAUCAAGAUACUGAUGUGUCCGAUCAUUUGGGAGGUGAUGAAGAAGUGUCAGGGAAAAGUACUGGUAGCGGUUCCAGUAGUAUUUUUGUAACAGUUGGAGAAAUUAAGAAAACUUCAGAUAAGAGCGAGGAUUCAGCUUGCAGUGAUAAAAGUUUUCCGCCGGUAACUUUGGGAGGAGCUUCAAUGGAAUUUGCAGUUUCAAGAGCUUUGGGUAAAUACCGACAACGGCAGACAUCUUCUUCGAUUACUGAUGAUUUGGAGGAUAAUAGUCAAGGAGAGGAGAAAAGUAUUGAAGAAGUGGUGGAAAUAAAGGAACCAGAACCUAUGAAAAAGGUUGUUCUGAGUGAACAAGUAUCAACUGAAAGUACAAACAGUCAUGAAAAUGUUAAGAACGAAGUGGAGGGUAGUCCAGCUUCCAGCUUUCGGAUGCACUACGGAAGGAUGUCCAGGCAUCAACAAAGUUUGGAGAUUCCAGGUAUGAUGGAUGAAGAUAAUAGAAGCACGCACUCUUGGAGAAGUACUUCAAGAGUAUCAUCAAGACGACAAAGUACCGAAGAUAGUAUAGACAGCGAAGACGAGUGGUACUGUUACGAGUUGAAGAAAUUGGAGGAAUUAGAACGUCAAACAGCACUCGAGACAGAAAUGGGAGCUCCGUUGCAAGAAGAAGAGGAGAACGAGCUUAUGGAACCAGACGAAGAAGUAAAGGAAAAAAUGUCUUUUGUUUUAAGAGAGUUGCGGAUGUCAGCGAAAGUAGUUGAAAGCGUUUUGGAUGAACGCGACAACGAGAUACAUGUUUUAGCUUCAGCUAAAGCCCGCGGUGUUGAUAUGUUCGAAGAAGUUUCGGAACCAGAAGAACAACCAGAAUACAAAAGCGAAGAAGAGGUUGAAGUAGAGGACGAAGACGCUUCUUCUGGGGCAACAUCAGGACCAGACAGUCCACAUCACAGUAUAAGCGAAUUUGAAGAAGCUGAAACCGCAAUUGCCGAUGAGUUUGCACGUUGUAAACUUACUGAACCUAGAUUCGAAAAGCCAGAAAUCAUUCCCAGCGAAGUACCCAAAAUUAAAAUCGAUGUGCCUGUCAGCGUCAGUAAAGAAGAACCCAAGGAAGAUGGCAAAGAUUCAGGACCACUAGGAAGUAAAUGGAAAUUGCUUAAAGCUUUAAAGGAGAGGAAAGCAGAGGAGAAAGAGAAGAUAACAACGGCGGAGACAACUACUGAAAAAGAAAAGAAUGGAACCGGCCUGGGUGGAGACUCUGCAGGCAGAGGAAAUGGGCAUCCCGGAGAUAAUCCGUUUUACAGUAACAUCGACAGUAUGCCCGACAUUCGACCCAGGAGGAAAUCGAUUCCUCUGGUCUCAGAUUUGGUGCUCAAGACUAUGGCUGCAACCAAGAGGAACGCAGGUUUAACAUCAGCAGUCCCCAGAGCAACGCUAAAUGAUGAAGAAUUGCUUGCAUUGAAGAUGCACGUCUACAAGAAGACUCUGCAGGCUCUCAUCUAUCCAAUAAGUAGCACGACCCCACACAAUUUCAUUUUAUGGACGGCCACCUCUCCGACCUACUGUUACGAGUGCGAAGGACUCCUCUGGGGUAUCGCCAGGCAGGGGGUGCGUUGCACCGAGUGCGGGGUCAAGUGUCACGAGAAGUGCAAGGACCUCCUCAACGCCGAUUGCUUGCAAAGAGCUGCCGAGAAGAGUUCGAAGCACGGCGCCGAGGAUAAAGCCAAUAGCAUCAUCACAGCCAUGAAGGAUAGGAUGAAGCAACGCGAACGUGAGAAACCCGAAAUCUUCGAGCUGAUAAGAACGACAUUUUCAGUGGACCCAGACACACACAUUGAUUCAAUCGAGCAGGCCGAAGAGAUGACAAUCGAAGGCACAUCCAAGUGGUCGUGCAAGAUUGCAAUCACAGUGAAAUCGGCGCAAGGAUUGAUCGCGAAGGAUAAGAGCGGCACCUCGGAUCCCUACGUGACGGUGCAAGUGGGUAAAGUGAAGAAGAGGACGAGGACGAUGCCGCAGGAAUUGAACCCAGUCUGGGACGAGAAGUUCUACUUCGAGUGUCACAACUCCUCGGAUCGCAUCAAAGUACGCGUCUGGGAUGAGGAUAACGAUCUGAAGAGCAAGCUGCGGCAAAAACUGACGCGAGAAUCCGACGACUUUCUGGGUCAAACUAUCAUAGAGGUUCGCACGUUAUCCGGAGAGAUGGAUGUGUGGUACAAUUUGGAGAAGCGCACGGAUAAGUCUGCCGUAUCCGGUGCUAUCCGUCUCCAUAUCUCCGUUGAAAUUAAAGGCGAGGAGAAGGUUGCCCCUUACCAUGUUCAGUACACAUGCCUUCACGAGAACUUGUUCCAUUCGCUCUGCGAACAGAACGCAGGUAUAGUAAGCCUACCACAAGCUAAAGGCGAUGAUGCUUGGAAAGUGUACUUCGAUGAAGCUGCCGAAGAAAUUGUAGACGAGUUCGCCAUGCGUUACGGGAUAGAAUCAAUAUACCAAGCUAUGACACAUUUCCACUGCCUCUCGACGAAGUACCUUUGUCCUGGAGUACCAGCUGUGAUGAGCAUGCUCUUGGCAAAUAUAAACGCUUACUACGCACACACCACAGCUUCAUCAGCUGUAUCAGCGAGUGACAGAUUCGCCGCUUCCAAUUUUGGAAAAGAGAAAUUCGUGAAGCUGCUCGAUCAAUUGCACAAUUCGCUGCGCAUCGAUCUGUCGAUGUACCGCAACAAUUUCCCCGCCUCCAGUCAGGAGAAGCUCAUGGAUUUGAAGUCCACCGUAGAUCUGUUAACCAGCAUCACGUUCUUCCGGAUGAAAGUCCAAGAGUUGUCCAGUCCACCUCGUGCUAGCACCGUCGUCAAGGAUUGCGUUAAAGCCUGCCUUCGCUCCACGUAUCAGUUCCUUUUCGAGAACACCUACGAACUAUUCAACAGGGAAUUCCAGAGCGAUCCUAACGAGCCGAAACGGGAUCCGGAGGAUCACGGUCCCCGUCUGGACAGCGUCGAUUUCUGGCACAAAUUGAUCGCGCUGAUUGCCUCAGUCAUUGAAGAAGACAAGAAUAGCUACGGUCCCGUUCUAAAUCAGUUCCCACAGGAGCUAAACAUCGGACAGCUGUCUGCGGCGACGAUGUGGAGCUUGUUCGCCGUUGACAUGAAAUACGCACUGGAAGAGCACGAGCAACACAGAUUAUGCAAGUCUUCAGCAUAUAUGAAUCUCCAUUUCAAAGUCAAAUGGUUACACACUAAAUACGUUAAGGACGUGCCUCCGUACAAAGGGGCUGUACCCGAUUAUCCUGCAUGGUUCGAACCAUUUGUCAUGCAGUGGCUGAACGAGAACGAUGACGUCUCAUUAGAAUAUCUACACGGUGCCUUCAACCGAGACAAAAAAGAUGGGUUCCAAAAGAGCAGCGAGCACGUCCUCUUCUCCAACUCCGUGGUCGAUGUAUUCACGCAGCUUACGCAAUGCUUCGAUGUUGUAUCUAAGUUAGAAUGCCCGGAUCCUGAAAUAUGGAAACGGUACAUGAAGAGAUUCGCCAAGACCAUUGUUAAAGUUCUCAUUGCUUACGCCGAUAUUGUGAAAAAGGAUUUCGCCGAACACUUAAAAGAAGAAAAACUUGCUUGCAUUUUGAUGAAUAACAUUCAACAACUCCGAGUGCAAUUGGAAAAGAUGUUUGAAUCUAUGGGAGGUGAGAAGCUGGAACAAGAUGCGGCCAAUAUUUUAAACGAGCUCCAACAAAAUCUGAACGGGGCUUUAGAUGACUUAGCUACACAAUUCGCAAUCAGUCUUGAGCCAAGAAUAACGGCUAGCGUAAAGGAAUUAGGAGACUUGUUAUUGGCAAUAAAAGGAGGAGGACAACCGGGAACUUUGAAUCAACCCGCUCAAAGAAAUGCUGUUGCGGUGGAAGCGGAUGAAGUCUUAAGACCUUUAAUGGACUUAUUGGAUGGUUCGCUGUCGCUGUACGCCCAAUCUUGCGAGAAAACUGUACUGAAACGAUUGCUGAAAGAACUUUGGAAAAUUGUAAUGAGGAUCUUAGAGAAGACAGUCGUGUUACCACCAAUGACAGAUAAAACUAUGAUGUUUAAGAGCUUGACGGACAAUGCGAAAAAUUUAGCUGCCAAUACAAAAAUCGAGGAUAUGUCGCGUCUGUUGCGCAACCAUAUGUCGGGUAAACAGGAUGUUAAGAACGCAUUGAGCGGAGUCAUGGACAUAUCCAAGGAAGUCGAAAAGAACUUGAGUCCGAAGCAGUGCGCCGUUUUGGACGUAGCUUUGGAUACCAUCAAACAGUACUUCCACGCCGGAGGCAACGGUCUGAAGAAGACGUUCCUAGACAAAAGCGCGGAACUGCAAAGCCUACGCUACGCUUUGUCCCUGUACACGCAAACCACGGACACCCUCAUCAAGACGUUUGUAACCACCCAAGUUAACGAAGUGCCGCUAAACAAUAAAGAGACUUACCUGCAACGGCAAAUCUCGAUACGCGACGAUGAUGAGACUGAAACGGGAUUAGAAGCGCUCGAGGAGCCGCUAAAGGCGCGCAAACGGAGAGAGAGCGAGGGUCGUCAAGAAUCCGUUGAAGGACAGGAAGGUAGCGUCGGCGAGGUCUCGAUACAAGUUGACCUCUUCACGCAUCCUGGAACUGGAGAGCACAAAGUCACCGUGAAAGUUGUGGCUGCCAACGAUUUGAAGUGGACUGUAGUUUCUGGCAUGUUCCGACCAUUCGUCGAAGUGAACCUGAUCGGACCUCACCUUUCCGACAAGAAAAGGAAACACGCGACGAAAUCAAAUUCGAACAAUUGGUCACCCAAGUACAACGUGACCUUCCACUUCACGAUCGGUAAUGAAGAGCAGUUGGAAUUCUACGAGUUGCACAUUUGCGUUAAGGACUAUUGUUUUGCCCGCGAGGACCGCCUAGUGGGAGUUGCUGUUAUGCAAUUGAAGGACAUCGUUGAUAGGGGCUCGUGCGCUUGCUGGUUGUUGCUGGGAAAGAGAAUCCAGAUGGACGAGACGGGAUGGACAAUCCUGCGGAUCCUGUCCCAGAGGUCCAACGACGAGGUGGCCAAGGAAUUCGUGAAGCUGAAAUCGGACAUACGGCAGGAAAACCCUUUGCCAAACCAGUAACACCCGCUUAGGAAUCCUGCAAGAAAUUAAAUCUGUGUUCAAUAUCCCCAUUUAUCAAGUGCAAGAGGAACUCUUAAACGUGAAGAAAACAAAUGGGCCGUCCUUUCAAAACUGACUGAAGAAGAGAAAAUAAUAAUAACAGAAGAAGAUAACCACUGGACAGAUUUAAUAUUUAAUGUGCCUCCUUUCACCAGUUUAUAUAGAGAAUACGAGAAAAUAAGAACAAGAUAUGAACAAUUAAGUGGAUAUAUAUAUACAAUAUAAUAUAUA